AUGGCUCCGUCGACCUUCAGUAUGAAGGCGCUCUCCUCUCAACUUCCAAAGCAAUCGACCUCAACGACAAGUCUCGCCAACAACUGGUCAACAGAAUACGCUACUCGUCCAGGUCAACAGUUAGCAUCACAAUGGUCUCAACAGUACAAUGCCGCCCGACCAGCAUACGAAACUGCAUGGGCUGGCGCCACUAACACCACAUUUCAACAUCAAUCAAUGGCACAGAGUUCCACUUCUGUCGAUAGUGCAAUGUGGUCGGCGGAGUUCCUGGACAAUGCAGAAACAUCACUGCGGUCUUCACCUGUAGGCUUUCAAAACUUAACCCACACAUUUUUUAUAUUUUCGAGGGAAACAUGA